CCAAGAAUACAUGACGAGUAGUAUGAGCUUAUCUGCAAUUAGAAAGCCGAUUCAAUUUGCAGAUUAGCGCUUGUGUCGAACACCUUCACCUGCCCGCUGAGUCUCCCCGGUGACUCGUAAGCGAUACGAGCAGGAAUGCUUGGCAAAUGAUCGGAUAUCGAGAGGAAGGACUGGGAUUCGGGAUCCGGGCAAGAUUGCCAUGUUAGGAAUAUGGAUCUGAUUAGAUUUCGCUUAAGGAGCGGACUUGGCAGUCGGGGUUACUCUAGAGUCUCGACAAGUUGUACAGACUGCCAACGGUCAAGGCAUCAUGUCAUGGUCUUCCGUAGUUGCUCGGCUGUACUCGAUGGCGUCCUAUAAAUUCGAUUCCACCCCUGUCUGGUUCUCCCUGUCCAGCACCAGCUUUCUUCUCGCUCAACAUUCAAUCCCCACAUUUGAACCAAUCAUUCCCAACGUCCUAGCCAUUAUGCAGUUCAAGGUCCUCGCCUUCGUUCCCGCCCUGGUCGCGACUGCUGCUGCCACCAUCGACGUUGCGUUCAGCGGCUACUACCUUGCCGACUGCGUGGCCCCGAGCAUUGAGUCCGCCAACGUGAUCUCGGGUGGUUGUGGACCUGCCCAGGGUCUGCCGGUGAAGUCAUUCUCGGCGCAUGUCUACUCCGGUAGCUGUGAGGACAGCACCACCUCGCCCGUCUUGAAAGUUUACACCGCCACGGGAUGUACCGCAGAGUCCUUGUAUGGGGAGUACGAAGUCAACAGCACCACCCAGUGCUUUGAAGUGGAUGCGACGUUCUUGAGUAGUGAGGUUGUGUGCGAGUGAUCGGUGGUGGUUCUUGUUUGGGACGUAUGGGAUGUAUGGAAUCACUG